GGCCGGAGCGCGCGGCGGCCCUCUGCGCCGUCGGAGCGGGGCGGCCGGAACAUGGCGGACCAGAUCCCUCUGUGCCCGGUGCGCGGCGCGGCGGCCGCGGCCAACCGCAGGCGCGCGGCCUACUACAGCGUGGCGGGGCCCGGGCCCGGGGCCGAGCGGCCCAGCAGGUACCAGCUGGAAGAUGAGUCCGCCCAUUUGGAUGAAAUGCCACUAAUGAUGUCUGAAGAAGGCUUCGAGAAUGACGAAAGCGAUUACCACACGUUACCACGAGCUAGGAUCACACGAAGGAAGAGAGGACUGGAGUGGUUGGUCUGUGGAGGAUGGAAGCUCCUCUGCACCAGUUGCUGUGAUUGGCUGAUACAUAUUUGUCAAAGAAAGAGAGAACUGAAAGCUCGCACAGUGUGGCUCGGGCAUCCUGAAAAGUGCGAAGAAAAGCAUCCCAGAAAUUCUAUAAAAAAUCAGAAAUACAAUGUAUUUACCUUUAUACCUGGGGUUUUAUAUGAACAAUUCAAGUUUUUCUUGAAUCUCUAUUUUCUGGUAGUAUCCUGCUCCCAGUUCGUACCAGCACUGAAAAUAGGCUACCUCUACACCUACUGGGCUCCUCUGGGAUUUGUUUUGGCCGUUACUAUCAUGAGGGAAGCAAUUGAUGAAUUUCGGCGCUUUCAGCGAGACAAAGAAGUGAAUUCACAGCUGUACAGCAAACUUACAAUAAGAGGUAAAGUGCAAGUUAAGAGUUCAGACAUACAAGUUGGAGACCUCAUCAUAGUGGAAAAGAAUCAAAGAAUUCCAUCGGACAUGGUAUUUCUUAGGACAUCAGAAAAAGCAGGUUCAUGUUUUAUUCGAACUGAUCAGCUUGAUGGUGAGACCGACUGGAAGCCGAAGGUGGCGGUGAGCUGCACGCAGAGGCUGCCGGCCCUCGGGGACCUUUUUUCAAUCAGUGCUUAUGUUUAUGCUCAGAAGCCACAACUGGAUAUUCAUAGUUUUGAAGGCACAUUUACCAGGGAAGACUGUGACCCACCCGUCCAUGAGAGUCUCAGCAUAGAAAACACACUGUGGGCAAGCACCAUUGUCGCAUCAGGUACUGUAAUAGGUGUUGUCAUUUAUACUGGAAAAGAGACUCGGAGUGUAAUGAACACAUCCAAUCCAAAAAAUAAGGUUGGGUUGUUGGACCUUGAACUCAACCAGCUGACCAAAGCCCUGUUCGGGGCUCUAGUGGCUCUCUCGGUCGUCAUGGUAACCUUGCAAGGAUUUGUGGGCCCGUGGUACCGCAACCUGUUUCGGUUCCUCCUCCUCCUCUCCUACAUCAUCCCCAUCAGUUUGCGUGUGAAUUUGGACAUGGGCAAAGCCGCGUACGGCUGGAUGAUCAUGAAGGAUGAGAACAUCCCCGGCACGGUCGUGCGGACCAGCACCAUCCCCGAGGAGCUGGGGCGCCUGGUCUACUUGCUCACGGAUAAAACAGGAACCCUCACCCAGAACGAGAUGGUGUUUAAGCGGCUGCAUUUGGGGACCGUGUCCUACGGAGCGGACACGAUGGACGAGAUCCAGAGCCACCUCAGGAACCCAUACACACAGAUGCAGCCUCCGGCCGGCGGACAAGCUGGCAGCACGACACCCCCCAGAAAAGCCCAAUCCACCCCUCCCAAAGUGAGGAAAAGCGUCAGCAGCCGAGUCCACGAAGCCGUGAAGGCCAUCGCUCUGUGCCACAACGUGACCCCCGUGUACGAGCCUCGAGCCGGUGCGCCCACGGAGGCCGAGGACGCGGAGGCGGACCAGGACUUCAGCGACGGGAACCGCACCUACCAGGCCGCCAGCCCUGACGAGGUGGCCCUGGUGCAGUGGACGGAGAGCGUCGGCCUCACCCUGGUCAGCAGAGACCUGGCCUCCAUGCAGCUGCGGAGCCCCAGCGGCCAGCUCCUGACCUUCAGCGUCCUGCAGACGUUCCCGUUCACCUCGGAGAGCAAGCGCAUGGGAAUCAUCGUGCGGGACGAGUCCACUGCGGAGAUCACCUUCUACAUGAAGGGAGCCGACGUGGCCAUGGCCUCCAUCGUGCAGUACAACGACUGGCUGGAGGAGGAGUGUGGGAACAUGGCCCGGGAAGGUCUUCGCACCCUGGUGGUUGCCAAGCGGGCGCUGACAGAGGAGCAGUACCAGGACUUCGAGAGCCGCUACAGCCAGGCCAAGCUGAGCAUCCACGACCGGGCUCUGAAGGUGGCGGCGGUGGUGGAGAGCCUGGAGCGGGAGAUGGAGCUGCUGUGCCUCACGGGCGUGGAGGACCAGCUGCAGGCAGACGUGCGGCCCACCCUGGAGAUGCUGCGCAACGCGGGCAUCAAGAUCUGGAUGCUAACGGGCGAUAAACUCGAGACCGCAACGUGCAUCGCCAAAAGCUCACACUUGGUGUCUAGAACACAAGACAUUCACAUUUUCAGACCAGUAACCAAUCGGGGAGAGGCCCACUUGGAGCUUAACGCCUUUCGACGGAAGCAUGACUGUGCGCUGGUCAUAUCUGGGGACUCCCUUGAGGUCUGCCUCAAGUUCUACGAGCACGAGCUCGUGGAACUGGCCUGCCAGUGCCCGGCCGUGGUGUGCUGCCGCUGCUCGCCCACACAGAAGGCCCACAUCGUUAAGCUGCUGCAGCAGCACACGGGGAGACGCACGUGCGCCAUCGGCGAUGGAGGAAACGACGUGAGCAUGAUCCAGAUGGCGGACUGCGGCAUCGGCAUCGAGGGGAAGGAGGGCAGGCAGGCCGCCCUGGCCGCGGACUUCUCCAUCGCGCAGUUCAAGCACGUCGGCCGGCUGCUCAUGGUGCACGGGCGCAGCAGCUACAAGCGCUCGGCCGCGCUCGGCCAGUUCGUCAUGCACCGGGGCCUCAUCAUCUCCACGAUGCAGGCCGUGUUCUCCUCUGUCUUCUACUUCGCGUCCGUGCCGCUGUACCAAGGAUUCCUCAUGGUGGGGUACGCCACUCUGUACACCAUGUUCCCGGUGUUCUCGCUGGUGCUGGACCAGGAUGUGAAGCCGGAGAUGGCCAUGCUGUACCCGGAGCUCUACAAGGACCUCACCAAGGGAAGAUCCUUGUCCUUCAAGACCUUCCUCGUCUGGGUGUUGGUCAGUGUUUACCAAGGCGGCAUCCUCAUGUACGGGGCUCUGCUCCUGUUCGAGUCAGAGUUUGUGCACGUGGUGGCCAUCUCCUUCACGGCCCUCAUCCUCACCGAGCUGCUCAUGGUGGCCCUGACUGUCCGGACGUGGCACUGGCUGAUGGUGGUGGCCGAGGUCCUCAGCCUGGGCUGCUACGUGGCCUCCCUUGCCUUCUUAAACGAGUAUUUUGACGUCGCCUUCAUCACCAGCGCGACCUUCGUGUGGAAGGUGUCGGCGGUCACCGCGGUCAGCUGUCUGCCGCUCUACGCGCUCAAGCACCUGAAGCGCAAGCUGGCCCCGCCCAGCUACUCCAAGCUCUCGUCCUAGGCGCGGCGCGGGGCUGCGGGGCGGAGGCGCGGGGCGGGGGCGCGGGCGGGAGAGGCCGGGGCGGCCGUGCGGGGCGCGCAGCCGCGUUCUGUCCGUCUGUCUGUCUGCUUCUCACAAUUGAACUUCGCUGUCGAACCGCCUGCGUGUCCGUGGAAGCGGCGCGGGUCCCCUCCCCGGGGCGCGCUCCUGAGCGCGGGCGCGGGGCUCCCCCGACUCGCAGCCCGAGCCGCGCGCCGAGACCCCCUGCUCCGGGGCAGCGGCCGCCGCGCGGGGAGCCCGGGGUCCGGGUCGCCGUCCGUGCAGGUGACACGGGCCCGCGAGCUCGCGCGCCGCACGCCCUGCCUGGACCCCGCGUCCCCGCCUCGGCCGCGCGCUCCGCGAGCCCCGUGAGCCGGCUUGGCCGGGUCCCUGGUCGGACACGGCGCCGUGGCCCGCGUCAGCGCCCGCGCUUCCCCGGAGCGUGGGGCGACUUCCCCCCCGUCCGCUGAGGCGGGGGCCGCGGCCCCACAGCCCCGUGCCGGGGUCAUCGGGCGGCCCGCGGUGCGGGGCUCGCAGCGGCCUCCGCGGGUCCCGGGCCUGUGCACCUGCCGCCCGCCAGGUGGCGCUGUGACCCCUGUCCCGGGGCCCCGCCCACCAGGUGGCGCUGUGUCCACGCCCCGCCCCGUCCCGAGGCCCCGCCCACCGCGCGGGGGUUGCGCGCGCAGCGGCAGGAGGGACGGCGGCACGCGGGCUCCGGUCACCGAGGCCCCGCGGGUGCGGCCCGGCCUGCGGGCGGCGUGUCCCCGAGCGAAGGGCCGGUGGUUGUAAGACGCGGCCCGCGGCAGCACGUGGUCGGCGACCCCGAGAGACGAGCAGCCGGGAAGCGUCCGGAGGGGACGCGACCGGACUUGAGGGCGGACUCGGCGGGGCCCGGCCAGCGGCCCUCGAGGCGACGGUCCCCGCGCCUGCCCCGCGGCCCGGCUCGCGAGCGCUGCCGGCGGCCCCGGCGGGGUGGGGGCGGGGCCGGGGCCCGGCGGAGGGGUGAGGCCGAGGCCAGCGGCGGGGCGGAGGCCGGCGCGGGCAGCACGCGGCGCUCAGCCGUCGGGGGUGGGGUCGGUCCAGGCGCCCGGUGGCCGCGGCGCUCGGCUGGCGGUGCGCGGGCGACGGGCGGGAGGACGGACAGGUGCCGGCUGGACGCGGGGCGGGGGCGGGUACGAAGGUGGCACCGCAGAGGCGCGGGGGCCGCAGGCCGGGGACCCCGGCAGGGACCGGACCCCCACCUGCAGGAGUGGCCGGAGGCCCUGCACUGUGGGCCCUUCUCUCCCCCCACACUGUGAAGCCCCCGAAAGGUUCUGCCGUCCGGGGACACAGGUCAGGGCCUGCCACCCCGUCCUCUGGGCCCCCAGACCUGCCGUCCCGCCUGCCUCGCUCGCGGUCACAUCUCCCCUGGACGCUGCGCACAGUCCAAGGGGCUGGACCCGCCCCUUCCCCUGACGUUCCUCCAGCUCAGAGCCUGGCAACCCACAGAAGGCCCACCUUGUUCUCCCGAGUUCGUGGCCUCCUGGCCCAGGGCCGGGGUCACCUCUCCCGACCCCAGCACAUGCCCACCUGAGAUGCACCCAAGCCGGGACCUGUGACCAGGUAGGUCACCCGCACAGCCUGGAGCUGACCAGGGCCCUUCUCCCUCCCAGACGCCCAUGCGGGACAGCCAGGGUCUGUGCUGGGAUUUCUCCGUGGAAGUGGAGGAGAAGCAGGUCGGCCCUGGCCCUACUCUGGUCUUCAUGGGGAGAAGGAGAGCCUGAGUCCAGGGCUGCUCGGGUCGGCAGACCACAGCUGUCGUCCUGUUCCCCAUCCGGUUCUCUAAAGAAGCCCUCACGUCCUCGGAGGUGGUGGCCUUGUCCACGUCCCAAGACAGCAGUGGUCACCUGAGGCCUCUGAGAACUGGACCGACCGCGUGGGAGGGUGGAGAAACAGGCAUGCAGAGGUUUAAAGCCUGGGAGAGCAGGACGCUCCUUCUUGGAGUUAACUGGGAACUGACGUGCACGAAACCCCUGCCUGCUGCCCUCCUGGACGGUGGGUGAGGACCUGAGGGUCACCGUGUUGCCGCCCCCCACCCCGCCCAGGGGAACAGUCAGGCUCUGUUCCUGCCAGUCCCAGCCCCUGUCCCAGCAUGGAGACGCCUGAGCGGACGGAAGCCAUUGGGACAGGCCAGGAGCACCCUCCAUCCCAGGACCGGGGCCUUCAAUGGGAAAGGUGUGGUCACCUCCAGGCGGGUCCCCACGGGCUGGGGCUGUCCUGCAGCUUCUCUCCCUAAAGCUUUUGUCUUGGACUUAUUCGUGGCUUUCAGAGAAGCUGCAGGACAGCGCAGCCCCCCUUAACACCCACACACCCCCUGGGCCGAGGGGCUCCGUCCUGUGGCCUCGCCCCCAAGGGUGGCGGACGCCCCCAUCUCCCAGUGAUGUCUGCCCUGUCCCCGGUCCCAGAACUCGGGCAUUUGGCCGUCAGGUCUCUGGGUCCCUCUGUCCCUGCCCCACCAAGCACCAGGCAGGGGUGUGGUAUGGCCCAUUGGGAAGGACACGUGGCACGUGUUUGUGUCCUCAGGGAGAAUCUGUGGCUGCUGCCAAGGUUCGGGACCAUCUGGGAAGGGAGCCCUGUGCUCCCACGUGCUCUGGGCCAGCGCGUCGUAUGUGCCUGGUGGUGCCGCUGGGUGUAAUUUCGGAAGAUUCCAGAAGGUGGUGCUGGAAGCUAAGAAAUGCCUGCCCGCCGCUGGCGCCUGUGGUCGGUCUGGGCUGAUUCUUGGUUUGGGGACAGCAGAGGACACAGCUCUUGGAACAGGGACCCAAUCCCAGAACUGAAGAACUCCGGCCACAGCCCAUAGACAUCUGUGUACAUGUGGCGCCUGUUUGGCCUGAAUGGGAAGCCUUGGACCCCUCUUCGUAGGUGAGAGGCAGGCCGCCCCUGUCGGGCAGGGGUCCCUGGGUCCCCCGGAGGCCCCCGUGAGGGCUCACCCAGGCCCACAGCCCCUCCCCACGGACAACCUCCUGCAGGGCCCGGAAAGUUCUGGAGGCCCAGCUGCCCUCCAGGGUCUGCGGCCCUCAGAUGUGACGGACCAGAACGGGCUUGCAUCCUUCCUUCUGAGUCCUGAAAACACUGAAGUAACUGCAGAAUUUUCCAGGUUUCGUAACCAGCUGCUAGAGAGAACCCAGGAGUGCCAGAGCCAUUGCGUCGCGCUCUCCGGGGUCCCUCGCGCCCGCAGCGGCGGCUCCCCACCCUGCAUUGCAGGUCACCCACAGUCCCAGCAGGCGCGCACCCGCGGGCACCAGCUCUGCGAACGCUGGGCUGGGAACAGCAGCACGGAAAUCCCCGCGGGCUCCGCGCUGGGAACCCAGUGAUGCUGAGACCGGAACGCCUGGGGUGGCGGACACAGGGAUUAGGCAGGGCCGGGGGCGCUGGUGAGAGCCGUGCCGUCCAACCCCAGCCCUGCGGCCUUCCCCUGCUCAGUCCUCCCCCUGCAGACCUGGCUGGGGCUCGAGCCCACACCGACCCCCUGGAGGUGGGGAAGCGCCCGGCUCCAACGCUCUCAGGACGCUGCCAUCACUGGCAGUCCUGGGGCACACUGUCCACUCUGUCGAAAGCCAGCACCCCAGCCAGGAGGCCCAUACCCAUCUCUGGAGCUCCAGCAUCUGUCGAAGCAGGCCAACAGCCCCUUGGGGCUGGAGGGGCGCCCGGGGCUCAUGGUGGGUCCUGGGCCUUUAGGGCCGGCGGGCGGCACACAUGCUCCAAGCAAAGAGGACAGAAGGCCCAGACCCACUAGGGGUGCAGUCGUGGGCUCCAGCACCUGCAGAUAUGUGCCCCAGGCCCCUUCGGGGACCAGAGUACUCAGGGCCCUGCCGGAGAAGAUCCCGGCUCACUGGGUGCAGCAGACGGGUCCCCUCACCCCAUCCACACACGGCUGAGCCAUCAGCAGUGCUGAGCACCUGCCCUCAGCAUAGCCCAGAGCCAGAACCCCCGGUUCCCAGUGUGCCCCCCACCACCAUCCCGCCAGGGCCACCAAAAUGCCUAGGAAGCAGCAGACUCGUCCACUCAGUUCCGGGUCCCAGACAUCUGAGGUCAGAGUGCCCAGGGCCAUGCUCCCUCUAGAGGCCCAGGCCACACCUGUCCUGCAGCUUCAAGCUCUGGUUCUGGGGGCCUUUGUGGCCUUGUGACCUCGUGGCCUCGUGACUCUGUGAUUCCACUCCAUGCCUCUGUCCUCAUGCGUGUGGUCUCCUGAGUAUCUGCGUCCAGUCCUCCCACUAAAUGGGGGCACCAGUCACUGGCAGGGGGCCCAGGACUGACCCAUGGUAGCAAAUUCCAUCUGCAAAAUUCCUCUUCCAACUGUCCCAAGGUUCUGGGAGACAUGAAUGUGUGGGGACACCCCAUGGCCCCAUACAGUGGGGUUAGGAGAAGGACCCCUUAACAGAACUGCUUAGAUAACUGCUGUCAGCUGGGCGGCUCCUUCCCGCCGUGCCUGAAGGGACAGAGAGGCCUCCAGCCCAGCCGGAGGAUGGUCUCCGUGUCACAACGGGACCUCGCUUACCGUGCUCCAGUUGUGUCCGCCCCCCUCCCUGGAGCUCAGCCGGGCCACCUGCACCCAGGGUUCAGGCCUUUGAGGAAAGUAAAACGUUUACACGUUUACGUGGAGUCACAGGUUCAAAGCGUUGGUGCUUAGACAUCGUUGGUGUGGUUUGGGUGAACCCAGAUCGCUGGGCAGCGCCUGCACAGACGCCAUCCGCCCACACAGGAUUUUCGUCAUGUGGCGUCCACCUGGCUCUGGGACACCUGGACAGGGUCUCAGGCAUCUUUCUGUCCUGCGUCGCACUUGUCUUGUCGCCGUGACUCGAUUUCUCCCCAUGGCUCCCAAGGUGCGGGCAGGGUUCUCUGAGUGUCUGAAGGCUGUUGUCAUGCGAACAGUUUGGGGGCCUUGCCCAGAAGGGGACACUGUGAUGAUUACUGUUUUCCUUGAAGUAGAGCUGAAACUGGCCACGCCA